AUGUCGACCCCCAGCCCUCCACGCGCGAUCGUCCCUCUCCCCGCCUCCGCGAUAUCUCGUCUCCGCAGCAGUCUAACUCUCCCCACGCUCUCCUUGGCGAUCUCAGAGGUGUUCCAAAACGCGCUCGACGCCUCCGCCACCGAGCUCUCCCUCACGCUCAACCCCACGCGCCCCUCAUUCGCCGUGAGCGACAACGGGCACGGCAUACCCCCGGAGCACAUUCCGCUGCUGGGCACGCUCUACGCCACUUCGAAAUUCCCGGCGCACGCGCGGUUCUUUGGAUCUCGUGGCGAAGCCCUCGCGGCACUGGCGAUGCACUCGAACCUCUCGGUCACGUCGCGCGCGCAGGGCUGGAGGUCCAGCAGGCAGGUGAGGUGGUGCUAUGGGAAGAAGGUGUUUGAAGGCGUGCCCGCGGAGUAUGCCGCCCUGGAGGCGAGCGGGACCACGGUUAGGGUCGAGGGGCUGUGGGGCGAUAUGCCGGUGCGCCUCAAGGCGAGGGAGGGCAGGGAUGUGGAAAGAGAGUGGGACGAGGUGAUCAAGGUUGUUUGUGCGCUGUUGGUGAGCGGGAGGGCGAGGGGCGUGGGCGUCGUGGUGAGGGAUGAGAGUGGUGCGAGGAGGCUGACGGUUAAGGGCGGGAGGAAAGCGUGUGCUGGGCCGUGGGAUCUGGUGGUACUGCGGCAGGUGUUUGGUGGCGAGGUCUUUGGCGCGGCUGGCUUGUGGGAAAAUGUCAAGGCGAGACAGAAUGGGGUCAGGAUUGAGGGGUGGAUUUGUAGGACGGGCUACGGCUCGAAGGCGGUGCAGUUUCUUGCGCUCAAUGGGUUCCCGUUGGUGUUCACCGAGACGGAACUGCACAGAGAGGUCAAUCGGAUCUUUGCUGGCUCGGGGUUCGGGAUCGUCGAGGAUGUUGACGCGAAGGGUACGCUGAGGAGAGGAGGUACGCGGAAGAGCGUGGAUCGACAUGGGAUGUAUGUGCUACGGAUCGAAUACAGGGAUGGUACAGCCGCUAUGGGGGGAGAAGGGGGCACCGAUGGCAAGGCUGGUGUCGAGGGCGAGAAUCUGCGGUCGGUGAUCCAGCUGCUACAGCGGUUGGUUUGCGAGUUCCUCAAGGCGCACCAUUACAAACCCACCCUCAGGAGGGUAGAGGAGGACUCUCGAAGGGGAUCUCGAUCUUCUUCGGAAGCACCAGAGCCGAGUGACGAAGCACAUCCGAGACUAAGCACGCCUGCUUCCAGACGAAGUGAACCAGCAACAUCCACCGCAGCGCCACGGCUGAUGCAACUGGCGAACUGGAACAGGGUGAAAGCAGCCAGACCCGACGCCAAAGAGACGGAGGGCAAAAAUACUACAAAUCAAAAGAAGCCAUCCGUGAUGAUAAACAAGGGGCUCAGCAGCAAUAGAAGUAUGUCAUGCAGAGGUACUCCUAGUGACACGCCGACACCUGCACCCGUAGAAUUGAUUGACUGGACCGACCCGAGAUCCGGAAAGACCUACGAAGUCAAUACGCGAACGGGCAAUACCAGCCUACGCACAACUCCAUCUGCUGCAGGCACGAAGCGACCAAUUUCCGCGACAUUCCCAACCCAACCCAAUUCGCUUGCGGAAAAAAGACGCAAACCAUUCAGUUCGCAACCAGUCAAUGACUUUCUCCAAAAGAUCCAAGCCAAAUGGACCAACCCGGCCUUCCCACCCACCGAAGCUCCCAUCCCCUCCGUCUCACUCGAACCCUCCGUCCAUGGCCACAGCUGUCAUCACGGCGUCUCAGAACCAUUCAACAGCAGCACCUUCCAGCGCCUCGGAAAACUGACUAAAGCCGGCCUCCGCACAGCAACCGUAAUUUCGCAGGUCGACCAAAAAUACAUCCUGAUCAAAAUGGACGGUACCUCCACCUCGGGCACCUCCUUGCCACAACUACUAGUAAUAAUCGACCAACACGCCGCCUCCGAGCGUAUCCGCGUCGAGCGUCUUUUCCAGGAGCUGAUCGCCGGCUCAUCCGCUCCUCCAGACCCCACACAGCGCACGCAAAAUCCGCUAAUCUUCACCAUCACCCCGCGCGACGCCACACUGCUCCUCCGCUACCAAGCGGAGUUUUCCCGCUGGGGAAUCGCCUACGAUGUGGAUGUUGCCGCCGGCCGUGACAGCCGAGUACACGUCCACACGCUUCCGCGCGUCGCUCGCGAUCGCUGCAAUGCUGAGCCGCUUCUGGCUAUCGAGCUGCUGCGGAAACACUGCUACCACCUUGAGGAACAUCCACCUCCUCCGCCCUCCACCACUACCACCACCACUACCGACGAAGACGGCGGCGACGGGGAUUGGUUCCGCAACCUAGCGCGCAUCCCCGCGCCGCUGCGGGAAAUGGCCAACUCCAGGGCGUGCAGAGGCGCGGUCAUGUUUAAUGACCCCCUGACGCUGCAGGAGUGUACAGCCCUGGUUGCGAGACUGGCGGACUGUAGGUGGCCGUUCAUUUGUGCCCAUGGAAGGGUGGGUAUGCGGCCGCUGGUGGAGCUGGGGGGUGUUGGCGGCGUUGGCGGUGUUGGUGAUGCGGGCGGUGCUGGUGUGGGGAAGGUGCAAGUGGAGGGGAAGGUGAAGGUGCAGGGGAAGGGAGGGUUUAGGGAGGUGUUUGGUAGGUGGAGGAGGGAUGAGGCGGAGGAGAAGGCGGUGGAGGAGGAGCAGGAGCAGCAGGAGGAGGAGCAGCAGCGGUGA